CUGGACGAUGACGAAGUAAAAGUUUCCUUGACUACUCCAGUUCACGUUUAAACCCCUCUCUCUCUCCCCCUCCCUCACUCUCUUAGAUUUGGGUGGAAAAGGGGAGAGGGUGAGUGAGAGAGAGACAGAGAGGGAGAGUGUGUGAGAGACGAAGAAAAGGGGACAAAGAGGGUGAUCCUUACCUUCUUCCUUCCUCAAUCUCGAUGGCCUGAACGACCGUUUCUUUUUAUCUUUUUGGUUACUAUGUGCUAUUAAAGCUUAUCUUAUGCAUAUUCUUUUAUCGUUGCCUGCCAAUCUUGUUUUAGUCCUUUAACAUAGUGGAUAAUGCUCUAAGUGUUCUUUUUUUCGUUUUUCCCAGCUCAAAAAUGCAAGGUUGACAUGUUCUUGAGUUUUGACAGCUACCGUGUUCUCUUUUGCAGAUUUAUGUGUUUUUGGUUUUGUUUAUGACCUUUCUUCCCUUGAUAAAAGCAUUUAUCUUGGAAGCGGUACCCUAUAAAAAAAAUUGAUUUUGUGCGCUCAAGAAGAAGGUAGACUGAAGCUUGUUAAUGGCAAGUCUGGUUCCUCUUGACUGGACGCUGCAUCCCAUUUUUGUUGGUCAGCUAGCUAUUCAUGGACUGAAUAUAUUUAGAUAACAGUCUAGAGUGACCAGAAGUUUGCUUUACCAACCUUCCCCUCUUGUCCUUCUGAAGUUUUCUUGCUUCUCCAAGAUCUCCGUUUUAGUGGCAUUUUCUUCCAAAGCUUGUAUUUGCAAGAUCUUUGUUCUUUGGCAUGAUUGAAACACGUUCUGGAUCUUGGUGGAAGAACUUUAGAGAAGAACUUCGUUCAAGUUUAGUAUUUUUGGAACUUGUUGUUUGAAGAUCAGGCUUCGGGCUAAAAUGGGAUUGCCUUCCCUGAUUCUGGGCUUAGUCUUUGGUUCCAUGCUGGUGGUUUCUGUGAGAGGGAUUGGUGCUAACUGGGGAACGCAAUCAUCCCACUCUUUGGCCCCUGAAAUUGUAGUUAGGCUGUUGAGAGAAAAUGGGUUCAACAAAGCGAAGCUGUUUGACGCAGACUCUAGAGUUUUGACUGCACUGGGGAAUACUGGUGUUGAAGUGAUGGUUGGCAUUCCAAACGACAUGUUGGCCACUCUUGCAAGCAGCAUGAAAGCAGCUGAAAACUGGGUCACGAAGAACGUUUCCUCUUUGGUUUCCAGGAAUGGUGUGAACAUCAAAUAUGUAGCUGUCGGAAAUGAACCUUUCUUACAGACAUACAAUGGAAGUUUUCUCGCAACCACUUUUCCUGCUCUUCAAAAUAUUCAAAGUGCUCUUAUUAAGGCUGGAUUAGGCAACAAAGUGAAGGUGACUGUUCCCCUCAACGCUGAUGUUUAUCAAUCUUCGACUUCAUACCCUUCAGGAGGUGACUUUAGAGCAGACAUCCAUGACCUAAUGCUGACCAUUGUGAAAUUUCUCAGUGAUAAUGGGGCUGCGUUCACUGUCAACAUCUACCCCUUCAUUAGCUUGUACAAUGACCCAAAUUUUCCAGUUGAUUUCGCCUUCUUUGAUGGCAAUUCUUCACCACUGAUUGACAAGGACAGUGGAAAGACUUACACAAAUGUCUUUGAUGCCAAUCAUGAUACGUUGAUAUGGGCACUCCAGAAGAAUGGAUUUGGCAGCUUGCCAGUCAUUGUUGGAGAAGUUGGCUGGCCAACUGAUGGUGACAAGAAUGCUAAUGUACAAUAUGCACAGAGAUUCAAUCAGGGCUUCAUGUCUCACAUUUCAGGAGGACAGGGCACGCCCAUGAGAACUGGGCCUAUUGAUGCCUAUUUGUUUAGCCUCAUUGAUGAGGAUGAGAAGAGCAUUCAACCAGGAAAUUUUGAGAGGCACUGGGGCAUCUUCAACUAUGAUGGUUCUGCCAAAUAUGCACUGAAUUUGGGCCAGGGGACUAGUGGUCAAUUGAUCCCUGCAAAAGGAGUCAAAUAUAUUGGAAAGAAGUGGUGUGUGUUCUCGCCAAAAGCAAACUUAGCUGAUACAAAGUUAGCUGAUAGUGUAAGCUAUGCAUGCUCGUUAUCUGACUGUACCAGUCUUGGCUACGGCUCGACUUGUGGCAAUCUGGAUAGCCGCGGAAACAUUUCUUAUGCAUUCAACAUGUAUUAUCAGAAAAACAACCAGCUCCCAAUUGCCUGUAGUUUCAACGACCUUGGGAUGGUUACAACUACAGAUCCAUCAGCUGGAAGCUGCAGAUUUGAGGUCAUGAUCGAUCCAAGCUUGACCCUUACAGGUGGGUGUCAGAGCAAGUGGGGCAGGGAAAUGGUGGUCCUAUGUGUACUAAUGUUGGUUUUCUUAGUUUUGACAGCUCUGUGAUUGUUGAUUGUUUAAUUUGACCAGAUGCUUGUAUGCAUUUUGCUUCUUGUUCCUGUUGGUUGCAGCUAUUGGAGGCUUCAUCCAGAACAUACAAGCAUGUUGUUCAUGGUUAGAACUUUAAUUUCAGUGCAGUUUUGGAACAAUGAAAACCAGAGCUCCAUACAUGGAUAGGGCUUCAAGAAAUUCAAGUUGGAGGAUGACAAAGUUCCGUAGCUA